AUGUCAGGCUCGGAAGAUGACACACUGGUGGUGAACGGCGAGGCCAUACCAGCUCGGAAGAACCUGCUGUCGGCGCUCCGAGCGUUCCGAAGGCGGAAAGACACCGCCUAUCUAUGGGUGGAUGCGGUCUGCAUAAACCAGGACGACCUCGAGGAGAAGAUGACCCAAAUAAAUCUGAUGGGGGAUAUUUACAGCCUCGCGGAGCGGACCGUGAUAUGGCUGGGCCCUGCGGAGAAUGACAGUGAUGUCGCCAUGGAUGCUGUGCGCGACUUGGAGGAGAAAGACGUCGAGUCACCUCGGUUUGAGGAGAAGAGGGGUGUUUGGAAGGCUAUCAGGUUAUUGCUUCAACGCUCCUGGUGGACUAGGGUCUGGAUCUUACAGGAGGCCUUCCUGUCUCAAAAUCCAAUCGCCCGAUGUGGCGACAAGGACAUACCCUUCGAGUGCUUUGUGAAGCUUAAGGAGCUGACCGAUGCUUCGUACUGGAAAGAGCAAGAAAAAUGGCAAGACAACAUGCUGUUCCAAGGCGUGCCGUUCACAACGUGUCUUUCAAAUUGGAACAUCACAAGACAGCUGUAUCAAGGGGGUGACUCGCCAUUCUCGUGGAUCACGACGACAAGUACGAACUUGGAGUGCACUGUGCCUCACGACAGGAUCUACGGCGUCCUGGGGAUGUGUUUUCCCGAGGACCGGGCCGCCAUUAAACCCGACUACAACAGGCCGCUGCGUGAUGUCGUUAUAGACGUCGUGCUGCGAUCACUCAAAUCAUCGGGCCUCUUAUUCCUCAGCUAUGUCGGGCCUGAGGAGAACAAAAAGCUCGACCUACCGUCCUGGGUGCCCGACCUCACAGCCCUGGACGGCACCCAGCGCCUGCCCACCGCCAGGGAGGCCCAGCACAAUUUCAAGGCCUUCCUGGACCCCACGGACCCGGCGUGGGCGACCUUGUUCGGGAACUCAAAGCUCGCCCCGGAAGUGGCGGAGCUGACUUGCGACUGGAACCGGGAGCGGGGCGUGUUCCAUCUCUACGGCUGCCUGUGCGACGUCAUAACGAAAGCUGACCCCAUGCCUUUCGUUCCCGAAUACAAAGGAUACGACCCUGCCGUGGCAGCAAAGACAAAAAGAACACGUGUAAAUCUCACGGUCGACACCUUCCAGAAGUGGGAGGGCCUCGCGCUGCCCGCUACGCCUGCACCAUCUACCGGAUCCACAACGACAACAACAACGGCGACCAAACCUGACCCCGACGCCUACGCGGGGCUACCCGGAGGGCGGAGGGCCGCCUUCUGGCGGACACUCAGCUGCGACGGGCUGGUGUUCGGCGAGCGGCCGCUGCCGGAGGACUUCGAGGAGCGCUUCGAGGCGCUCCUGGGCCGGCGGGCGCCGCCGGGAUCGGGGGAUCGGGCGGCGCGGGAGCCGAUGCGCAACGACUGGGUCAGGGAGUAUGGCGUUCCCGCGGUGGCCAAGUGCGUGAACAAGUCGUUCGUCCUCACCGCCCUCGGGCGUGUGGGCCUGGCGGUCCGGGGCGCGCAGGAAGGUGACUUCGUGAUCAUCGCGCGCGGCGGCAGGGUGCCGUACGUGAUCCGUAGGCUCUCGGAGGGAUCCUUCAGGUUCGUGGGCGAGGUCUAUCUCCACGGGGUGAUGGACGGCGAGGCUGUGUCGGAGGCGGCCCGGCAGGGGUGGAACAUGAUCCGUUUUCCCCUCCGGUGA